AAUUUGGAUGCGAGGGAAAUGCCAAUUAAGUCAAUGUUGGACCAGAUAAUGUGGAAGCUAACAAACAUGAUUGUUGGUAAGCAGAGAGAGGCAGAGAAAUGGACAGGCAGAUUAUGUCCCAAGAUACAGAAGAAAUUGGACAAGUAUGUGGAGUGGGCAAAGAACUGCAGGGUGCAAGAGUAUGGGCAAGGUGUUUUCAAGGUUUUCUCUUUGAACAACACAUACAUUGUUGACCUGAACAUGCUUUCUUGUGAAUGCAAAAGGUGGGUACUAUCUGGCAUACCUUGCCAUCAUGCAAUUGCAUGUUUUAGGCAUGAGAGAAUUGAGCCAGAGAGCAUGGUCCAUUCAUGCUACACUGUUGAGGAAUAUAAGAAGUGUUAUGGAUUUAAUAUGAUGCCAAUGAGGGACCCACAGCAAUGGGAAAAAAUGCAUGGCAUUGCUGUUCACCCACCCCUGUACACAAAAGUAAUGGGCAGGCCUAAGAAGAACAGGAAAAAAGAUCCAGAAGAGAAGAAAGACAAGACUGGGGUGAAAAAAUUGAGCAAACAUGGUGUGACCAUGCAUUGUUCUGUUUGUGGAGCUGCUGACCAUAACAAGAAGGGCCACCACAAUCAUGUUAAUCAAACAACAACUGAGGAAACAACAAUUGAAGAAGAAUAUGACGACCCAAGCAUAAUUGCUAACAUCAUGCCACACAGAGUCUACCCUCAGCUCGAUCCAACACAAACCCCUGACUCAAUGGUUUACAAGAUGCAAGAAAUGGAGAAGUUUACAUAUCCAGCACCUAGGGAAUUUGCCCCCCUACCUGAGUCUAGCUUCAUUGCCAAUGCCAGAGACUCAAUUCCUAUGGUUAGAGUUACAACAGCCAUGUCAAGAGGCAGGGUGAGAAAGACUGCUAAUGAGAAAGUUGCAAGGCCAAGAAAAAAGCAGGCAAGGGAAGGCAAUAUUGCAAUGGGAAGCAAUGUUGCAACAACUGGAAGCAAUGCUCAAACAAGUGGGGCCAAUGCAAGAGGAGGUGGCAAUGCAAGAGGACGUGGCAAUGUAAGAGGAGGGGCCAAUGCAAGAGGAGGGGCCAAUGCAAGAGGAGCAAGAGCUGCUGAUCCAGGUUUCUUCAACUUGCUAUUUGGACCCGAUGGAUCCACAAUACAUGAACCGCCACUUGUCAUGCAGGGUGAGGAGGAGGUCAUUUUUAGCCAAAAUGCACCAGGAGCUAGCCAGGAUCCUUAUCUCUAUGAUGAAGGUUGGCCUGAUGAUCUGCAUGACUUUUUGUCUUUGUAGUUUACAUUACAUGCAUCUUUAGGUGAAAGUCUGAUGGAGUUCAUGAAUGAACUUGUUGGUUUGGUGAUGGAGUUCAUGAAUGAACUUGUGGUCUCUAGUUCAGUACUUAUUUAGAAGACGAUGUGAUAACAGUUAUGUCACUUUUGGUUUGGUUCGUACGACUAAGAAACUACUUAUGUUAGUGCCAAAUAUGUCAUUUCAAUUAUGGUCUGUUCCUGUUCACUUAAGGUCAAUUUGUCCGUGCUAGAUCCUUGUUGCAAGUCUGCUAUAUUACAAAUCUUGGCCAAAAGCUUAAUAAAACAGCAGAAAUGUUGUCCAACUUGGUCAAAAGAGUUGCUGCGAUUUUUUGCCAAAACGGAUUUAUAAAACAGCAGAUAUCCUGUCCAAUUUGGUCAAAAUAGUUGCUGAGAUUUUUGUCAAAAAUGAUUUAUAAAACAGCAGAAAUUUGGUCAAAAUAAUCAA